UUUUAUGGACCGAGAACAAGUCCUUAUACCAACCAUAGUUAAAACCAAUUUAUCAAAUUGGCUUCGCUUCGGCCCAAGAGGCCGAAGCUUUCGGAUUUUAGGCAUAAAUCGAAGAGAAGUGAAGCUUAGUGCUGCUGCUUUGGACAAUUUCGGACUGCUUCGGGCUGCUUUGGUCAAAUUCGAGCCACUUCGGGUUUGUUUCAGUUUCCCAAGAAUAUAGAUGGUUUGAAAGAUGUUAUGGAAAUCCCCAAGGAUUGGAUUUUGAACGACUUUUCUCGGAUUCAAUUUGGUGGCUUCUCGACUUUGGGGGUUGGUGAUCGCGCUAGACCGCCUCUUUCUCCAAAUAUUAAUUCCCUCAAGGCGACGGGUUGCUGUCCCGAGAUUUCAUUGGGAGGGGAAAGCCUCCCCUGUCAGCUGAAUCUGCGUGGGGAAGAUAUUCUUGUACAGGUGGCAGCUGCUUUUAUCCUUCAUGAUUCACCUGUAUUUGGAAAAUCUGGUGAUUCAAAAAGGGGAAGCUCUUUCUUGGUCUCUCCUUCCUCUUCGAUGGUGUCACUUGUGUAUCUCUUUACCCAUCAAAAAGUUGUUGGCUACGCUUGGUGUUUUGUACUAAUUUUAAGCUUUUUCACCUCCAAAAUGCAUCCCUUACUGUUUCGCCUAGCCGCAGCCAAGAAAAGUCGCUUACGUUUCGACCCUCUUCUGAUUAAUCCCUUGGCUAUCGUGGUUGUGGAGCCAAAGGAACCCAAGUUACUUCUGAAGAAUGUAGAUACAGUGACGGAGGCAUUGGAGAUGGCUGCGCUUGGGAUGCAAGUGGUGGUCUCCCUUGAUGCUAGGCCGGAGGAGCCUUAGUUACUUUUGGAGAAUGUAGGUACAAUGACGGAGCCAUUGGAGAUGGUUGUGCCUGAGAUGCAAGUGGUGGUCUCCCUUGAUGCUAGGCUAUUGGGCGUUGAUCAUCUUCCUGCAAUCGAGGCCUCUCUAUCUAUUCAAGGACCUAUGGAUGAUUCACCUCUAGUGGAGAAAAUGAUGAUGGAAAUGGGCAUGGAAGAUGCCCCUCUUGCUGUGGUGAUACACGAAAUCAGGAAGCGUCGUAAAACCAAAGCUCUGGUGGAGGUUAAGGAAAAGCAGUAGGUGGCUGUUGGGGAUUCAGAGAUGGUCGAGGCUCGUACUCCGACAGGAAAAGCGCAUGUUUCUACGAAGAAGAAGGUAUUUCAGAGAGGAGUGCGUUCCUCAGCAAGAUUGGAGGAACGCGAUGUUCCCAAAGGAGGCUAUAUGGCUACUUCACUUGCUUUCCGCGACCUUGUGAUGGUGGACAUUGAUUCGGCUGAUGAAGAGCAUUAUGAGUCUAUGAUGCUUGAAGAUGCUUUCUUUGAGUGUGAUCUUUUUGGACCAUGUUCUUCUUCUUUUCCCUUGCCUCUUUUUUUAUGAAUAUCAUGUCUAGGAAUGUUAGGUGAUUAAGUGAUCCCAGGAAAAAGAGGGACAUUUUGUUUUUAGUUUCAAAGUAUAAACCAGGUAUUUUGGCUUUACAGGAGACCAAACUUCCUAGCCCUAUUCUUUCGAGUGUUAGGGAAGUUUGGUGCUCAGGGGUGGUAUGUUUUUAUAAAAUUGACGCUAUUGGAAAUUCUAGUGGGGUAUGGAUCCUUUGGUUGUUAAUAAUUUUGAGUAUGUGGUCAAAGAUAACUGUUUACUUUUGGGUUUCAGGGGUCCUAUUUUGGGUUUUUGUUGGGGUUUCAUGAAUGUAUAUGGGCCUAUUGUUUCUGCUUUAAAAGUUGGUUUUAUUA